AUGGGAACACAAGUCGUUGUUAAAGCAUUUGCACGGGCAUUACGACAAGAAAUUGCAGCAAGUCAAGCUGCUGCACAUAAAACAGGUGCACGAGGUGCACAACAUGUUGCAGCAAAUUAUAAAACCGGUGUUUCUUUAGAGGAAGCACUGCAGAUUUUGAACGUUGAACGAGUGGAUCAAGUAGAAGUUAUUGAACGUAAUUAUAAGUACCUCAUGGAAGUUAAUGACAGAUCAAAAGGUGGUUCUUUUUAUAUUCAGUCAAAAAUUGUGCGUGCUAAAGAACGUAUUGAUGAAGAGUUAAAAACUAUGAAGACUCCUCCUCCAAACAGAAAUUCCAGGCAACAGAAUGCUUCAAAACAACUAUAA